UGUGUUUAUGCAAUUGUUCUGUGGUGUUUUGACAUAACCCCUAAUAUCAUCUAAUAAGAAUCCAAACUUAAACUAAUAUUUCCUCAAAAAAUUUAAAUUAUGAUUCUUUUGAGAUGCAUGGAACGAUAUCCUUCAAAACAAAUACCUACUAUUUGUGCAAGGUUCAUUAGUUUAACUACUUCAAAUAAUUUGAUACAAAAAUGGAGAGUUGAGAGGGGCUUACCUAUUAAUCCAAAUGUCAAUGGAGUUUUAGCUGAUGGGCAAGACUACAGUUACCAAGACGGUCGUCCAACACCCUACGGUGUGGGUCAAAUUAAACGAAUAUCGAAACAGAGAGAAUUAGCAGAAUCUAUCAUGAGGUUAACACAGGAAGUCGACUUCGCUGUAGAGAGGCACAGAAAAUUGAAACAGGCAGAGGAGCGAUAUCGUCAAAGGAUAAUGAAUUCGAAAUUGAAACCAAAAGGUGCCGCACUUUUAAAUGCUAAAAAUGAACGACAUAAGUGAUUUGAGAACUGGGUGAUUCAUAUGCUCCAAUUGUUAAAUUGCUACAGUAGAUUAUAAGAACUGUUAAGCUCAGUUACAAUAAAGUGCAGAU